AUGCCGUCAGGCGGUCUGGACGGUUCCUUUGAGGAACAGUACACGCAUCCAUUGGCGGUGCUGCAGGUGCCAAAGCGGCGGCGGGUGGGGGCCAAGCGGCGUGCAGCCGGGGACCCAUCGGCACUGCUUGCGGCGCUGAGCCGAGCACCAGCGGUCCCUUCUAUGCAGGCAGCAGCAACGGCGGCGGCGCCAUCAUCGGCGUCCGAUGCGAGCGCGGCGCUGUCUGCGGUGCCUGCACGGCCUAUGGUGCUUUACGGACAGGACAAGUG